AUGUUUUGUGAUACGACCCCCCAAGCCACCAGCCCCUCUUGUUGCCUCUGUGCCUAUCCCAGUCACCCUCUACCUGUGGUCACUCCCAGUUCAUGGAGCUUUAACUAUGGCCACGGCACGUCUCCUCCACCUGCGCACCUCUGCUGGCCCUCCACAAAGAGAGAGUUUCACCAGAGCAGACCCUCUUGGCGCACCAGCCCACCUCAUGGCUGCCCUGGGCAGCAGAGCCCUCCAGGUUCACCGCUUCCUGGCUCCCAUCGUUUUCUCCCCGUCACAGUCUCAGGCAGCUACCUCCUCAGUCCCGGCACUUUGCUGCAGCAGGCCCCCAUCAAUGAACGGAUCAACCCAACCAAAGCUGCCCCUCGAAAUGACGUCCCGACAUCUGGACAGUAA